AGUAACAUCCAGAACCGGGAGGAUCUUUCAAAUAAACAUAACAAAAUGAAGACAGAAGCUCCAGCAGGAGCAACUACCAAGACUAAUCUUGUUGCAAAACAAAUAAAGGAGCAACAUGAAAAUAGUCGGUGUGUCUUUCCAACUUCAAAAAUUAUGAAAGGAAAAAAAGGAUUUAGGGAGAGCGACAGACUGAAAAGUUUGUACGAUGUGGACUUUGCUCCAAAACACUGUAUACCGUGUACCCCUCGACCAUGCUCGGUUACGAGAAGAAACAAUCCACAUCCGUCACAGCCUUCGACACCACGCAUUAUCAGAUCGAUGUUCAUGACAUGGAAAGUGCCAACUCGGCUGAUAGUCAGUGAGCCGAGCUAUGUACAGCAGAAGCAAAAGCUGAUCAACGACAGCAACCAACAUUUUUACGAAGACAUCAAUGGAGCCAGAAAAAGUAUUAGUCCCCACCACGAUGUACUUGAUGGUAUCUCUGCCUUCAAGCAAAUGCAACUAUCGCUGGAUCGUCCUGCAAUGGCUCGCUCCUCAACCACUCACCACAGCCCACCAUAUCACAUGUUUAAACACAUGAGGGAAAAGGAAAUUGAAGAUGAAAUGAAGCGAUCAGUUUCAAAAUCACUUCCCAAAUUACCUGUUGUACCACCCAACUCAGCUGCUAAAAUCCACCAGUCAGCUCAUUCAAAUAGCAUGAAUCGCUCAUUAAAACCAAAAGCAAUGCCUGCCGCUCAGAAGUGGAUCCAUUCUGCUAGUGAGAAGGACAAAGCUGUCCUGGGUAGGAUGAUGAAGGAUGUUGAUAACCAUUACAUGGAUAAGACCCUCAGUAAGGCCCUGCAGCCAGAUGCUAAGAAAGCUGUAGAGAAAUGGUUGGAGACAGCAAGUGAGAAGGAUCGAUCAGUUGCAAUUGAAUUCUUUAGUUCCCUUGCUGGAAGCAAGCUAAUGGGAGUUAAGGACGGCAAAACCAAUGAAGCAUGCAAUGUCUGUGAUGGUAGCAGACUGAAACAAGUCUUAGAAGCCCUCAACACCGGUAAAAGAGCCACUAUCUCCGUUCCGAAGGACACAACUCUUGGCCAUUUCACCCGCCGGCAACCUCGCAUCCGUCUCUUAUCACCAAGAACACGAGCUAACAAAGAGGAACACAAGACAUGGCAUCAUUUGCCGGUCUUUGCACACAAGCCACCAGUAUCAAACACUAUCGGAAUGUUCACUCGCCCACACCGGCCAGUGGCACGGCACUUCACUAUCCACCCGGAAUGGGAAUAAUGGAAUAUUUUGUCAUAUUGACUCCAACCACCUUCUUAUAUUUAAUAUUAUAUUACUUUGAUGAAUAUGUUUUUGCAAAUAUUUAAGAGACUGUGUGUAUUAUUGGUGUGAGGUUUGAUUGCUAUACUAAUGUGCUAUUUUUAACAAUUAGAGUAGAAUAAUAUUAAUAAAUAUAUAUCGUAGACAAAA